AUGUCGGAGGGAGGAGAUGACAGAGAAAUACUUAAUCUUUUCACACAAUAUUCUCACCACAUGAAUGUCACCGUGUGUUAUCUCUGCCAAGACAUGUUCCCUCAAGGAAAAUAUGCCAAGACCAUCUCUAGGAAUGCGCAAUACAUUAUUGCCUUUAAAAAUCCUAGAGAUAAAGUGGCGUUGCGCACCUUACUGCUACAGAUAUACCCGACCAAGUGGCUACCUGUCAUGGAUAUAUAUAAUGCAUGUACGGACAGACCCUAUGGUUAUUUGUUAUUUGACGUACACCCUGCAAGUAGAGAUUCUACGAGACUUUUAAGUCACUUGUUACGACACGAAGGGUGUGUACGCUGUUACAGAGAGAAAUAAAUAAGAAAGAUGCCUGGUUAUAAGCGCAGUAUGUCCACAACCCGAAGGAGAAGAAGAGUGAAAAGAAGAGUGAAAAGAAGACUAACCAAAAGAGGACAAAAAGGAGGUAUCCUACCAUUAGCGGCACUCAUUCCAGCCCUCAUUGCUGGAGGUAAAGCAUUGGGUUUAAGUGCCCUUGGAGGAGCUGCAUCGUUUGGGGCUAAAAAAGGCCUAGAAGCUCUUACAAAGAAAAAGCGAUGAUUAAUAGUUUCAAGAGAAAUGUGGAUUUUUUAAAAUCUAUUUUACAAGAGAAAAAUAGAAAGCGUCGUAUGGAAAAAUUACUUCACGCUAGUAAAGAUCAAAUCAAUGCCGUCAGUGAAUUCACGUUGAACAUGUUGAAGAAAAAGAUACCUUUAUCACCGCCCACCGUUGCCAAACUCAAGAAAUAUAGAGUGAUGUUGAGAGAGUUGGGUAAACGGAGGAACUCUUUAAGAAAGCGGCGUCAAUUACUUGUGAAUCAAACAGGCGGUAGCUUUUGGAGUGGUAUGAACGACGCGUUCUGUCAGUGUUUCAAGAGAUCAUGACUGUCACCGUGCAAGAGGGUAUAAACGAAGUGGACACGGGUAUAAAGUUUGAUUUGCAAUUCAACUACGACGACGACGACAGUGACUAUAAGGAUUCAACCGAGUGUAGACUCACAAUAACUCAACUGUUUCGCUGGUUGCGUAUGCGUGUGGUGGAACCCUUGUGGCGAUUAUGGAGACGUUCUUAAUGGUGAAACCCGAUGAGUUUCGAGCUUUGGUAGAUUAUUACAAGGGAAAAAUUACUGAAAGUACUCUUCUAGACAAAGCCGCACGCGUGGCCGCCGAAGCAAAACUGUUAUUAGAAGAUACAUCUACUCCUGCUGCUUUAAAAGAACCUGUGGUAAAAGAAUUGUUGAUGCAAGAACGCAAGCUUACUGACAAAUUGAGACAGAUUCCUAUCGCCGGUGGUUUAGAACCUCCACCUCGAGACGAUGAUGGUAAUCUCAUGGAGGGGUUGCAAGAGGGAUUGUUAAAAGAACUCAUUAAAUCCAUAAAUAUGAGGGGACAAGCCGCCGUACCUCAGAUGACACUCAAGAGGGAACCUGUCACACCUGUGGGGAUCAAGAACGAACCCGUCACCCCUGCGAAACCGGGAACGAUUUCUUUUCUCACAGCUUCAUCCCAAAAGAUACAAAAAACGAAACGAAAACUUCCUGUUCCCACACCGCAAAAGCAUCGCACGGAGUUGGAACGACUCAAAGAAUUUGGUAACUGGGAACCUUGGGAAAAGAGAGGUUACGACCCGUAUCAAGUGUUUGAAGAUGACGAAACGCCAAAGUCGAAGAAAGGCAAAGGGAGGGGCAAGAACCGUCCAAGCUAA